AUGGCCGACGACGGCUUCUCCGCAGCGCGGCUGUUCUCGCAGGGCGUCUCCUACACCUACGACGACGUGAUCUUCCUCCCGGGGUACAUCGACUUCCCCGCCGACGCCGUCGAUCUCUCCACCCGCCUCUCCCGCCGCGUGACGCUGUCCGUCCCCUGCUUCGCCUCCACGAUGGACACCGUCUCCGAGGCUGCCAUGGCCUCCCUCAGCGCCGCCACCGUCUUCCACAGCAACGCCGACGCCGAGACCCAGGCCUCCAUCCUCCGCGCCGCGUCCCCUGGGACUCCUCCACCCGGUUCUUCGCCCCGUCCGCCGCCGACUUCGUCGGCUGCGCGUACGCCGUCGCUCAUCGGCGUCACCGCCGCCGCCGACCACAGGCCCGGCGUCCCCGUGUCGGAGUACAUGACCCCCGCCCCCCGCACGGCGUCUGCCGCCUUUCUCGCGGACGAGGGCCUGGACUUCGUGCCCCUCAUCUCCGACGGCACCGGCGAUGUCGUCGUCGACCUCAUCACCGCCCUGGACGUCGAGCGUAUCCGCAGCUACCCGAAGCUGGGCACACCGUCGCUCGGGGCGGACGGGAGGUUUGUCGUCGCGGCGGCGAUCAGGACGCGGGAGGAGGACAAGCGCAGGCUCGAGAUGCUGGUGAAGGAAGGGGCGAACGCCAUUGUGAUCGACAGCUCACAGGGGAACUCUGUUUACCAGCUCGACAUGAUCAAGUACGCCAAGAGGAUGUACCCUGAGGUGGAUCUGAUCGGUGGAAAUGUGGUCACCGUUGCGCAGGCACAGAAUUUGAUCGCCGCCGGGGUGGAUGGGUUGCGGGUUGGGAUGGGCUCUGGAUCGAUUUGCACCACGCAGGAGGUUUGUGCUGUAGGCAGAGGACAGGCUACUGCAGUUUACAAGGUCGCGCAAUAUGCCAAGGAUCAUGAUGUGCCUGUUAUUGCUGAUGGUGGAAUCUCAAACUCUGGGCAUAUUGUGAAGGCCCUGACUCUAGGGGCAUCAACUGUUAUGAUGGGUAGUUUCCUGGCUGGCAGUCUUGAAGCUCCUGGUGUUUAUGAGUACAAGCUUGAUGCAGAUAUACCGAACAGUGAAGGGAACAACAACAGACAGAUCUUGUGCUGCAGUGCCAACUCUACUUGGCUCGGCCACUAUUGUUUUGACCAUAAAGCCAUUGAUACAGUGCUUGCAGAGGUGAAAGGUUGGAGAGCCAAGUGGAGUGUGCAGAAGAGUUUUGAUCUAAGUGCUGCUUCACAGCUGCUACGAUGUCUAACUACCGGAAGCUUGUCAAUGUCGUGGAGGUCCUACAGCUAA